GCAUGCACUGGAAACCUCCAAUCAAGUCACACAAAACCAGCCCCACCCCCUCAGCUUCCCCAACACUUUCUGGACCAAUCAGGCGCUCCAUCUCCUGCCCUCGAUCCAUCGCCUCCCUCUCGUCACCCAAUGAGGUUCGGGCGUUGUCCUCCAGGCCUUCUCCCACAGUUCCCAUGGCCACGCCCCUCGUCAGGCCGAGCUCCGCCACGCUGCGCUCUCAUUCGCUGAGCCGCAGUGGCUCCGCCCACCGUGUCCCUCACAGCAACAGCCUGGGGACCAUCCACUCCAACAUCGGCGAUCCACUGAUAAACCUGAGGAGUAAAGAGCAGGAGGCCGAGCUGGUGCGUCAGACUCUGGCCGCGCUCACCGCCAUGAGGAUCAGGUUUCCGGGAAAAACCGAGGAGGAGGCUGAGGCUGUGCUGGAUGAGGUGCACGACAACUGGAAAUACCAUAAGUCAAAGGUGGCUUCCUAUUGGCUGGUGAAGCUGGACUCUACUAAACAACGGAAGGUCUUGGAUAUUGUCCGUACCAAUGUCCGCUCAGCGCUGCAGCGGAUCUGGAGGGAGCCUGAUGUAGACAGUCUCCACCUCUACCGGCUCUUUAACCGUGUCUUCAACCGGCUGCUGUGGAGCCACGGACAGGGCCUGUGGAACUGCUUCUCCAACACCGGUUCUUCGUGGGAGAGCGUCUUCAGUAAGAGCAGCGAGGUGGUGUCCCCGCAGGAGCUGCAGUGCUGCCGCCGGCUGGUCCAGCUGUGCAGAGACUGCCUGGUGGUCGUCUUCAAGUUUGUCUCGGAGUCCCGCGGCUCAUUGACCGGACUCAGCCCCGAAUGGGACGACACCAGGUAUCUGCUGCCAGUGACCUCUCAGUUCAUCAUGAAGUGGCCUUCGUCCAACUUUGGCCGCAUCUCCUCGGCCAGGCUACGCUCACGCAGCCUUUUCGCCGCCAGGAUGGGCCACUUCUGAAGUCACCAUGGCAACUCUGGCUUUCAACACUUCGCUUUUUGACCUCAAUCCCUCUCCCCUGACUCUCACCCAACCACUCUGAUCUCAGCAAGUCCGGCGCCACAACCUGGGCCUAAAUCCUUGAAAGAUCAACAAAGAAAGUCCGGAUGAUUUGGGAUUUCUUAAGGGCCUCGUUCAGUUUAGACCUAGACCAGCAGACCACCCGCUCCCCCGACCCCAGUUACACCAGACAAUGGGUUUCCCCUCUUAUCUCAUUGUAAUUGCUGUAUUAUACUUACUCAAUGUACAGUUACAAGUCAUGGUACUGUAAAAGAAAAGGAUUACAACUACCAAACAAUGCAAGGAUUAUGUAUUUUGUAAGGUAUUCCAUGAAUGCAGUGAAUGCUGACGCAGAAUGCAUAUGGAAUGAUAAACAAACUAUCCCUUUUUUGAUAAAGUGGAUCUAAAAAAAAUGUAAAAGCUUAUUUUUGCUGGCUGUAAUUAGUUAUAUUAUGUCAGAAUUUUUAUUUAUUUAAUAACUUAUAUCAGAGGCUUUAUGUUUCAACAGUCACUUUAUGUUUCAGUUUUUACAGUGGAGGUGGUGCCCUGGGAACUGUGUAGCUUCUGAAUGCUAACGCUUCAUGUUUUACCUGUGUGAUAUUAAGGGCAGCACUGUAAAGCAACCCAAUGUUAAGAAUGUCAAUGUAGUAAAGCCAAGCCUCUUUGCCUCGUAGAGAGAGAGCUGACAGCGGCCACAGCGCAAAGAGCCAAACUCAAAUGUUAAGAGAGCACCCAGUUCCUAAUAUGCACUUUGCAGUAUGUUACAGAAAGAAGAAGUUGGUGCACAUUUCAAUAGUGUUUGCAUGUUUAGAAUUUAGUCCCUCGCCCGGAUUUAGUGGUUAGAAG